GGGUGCCCCUUCUGUACUCCAUCUACACGGGACGGUUGGCUGGCAAAAGUGCCGCACAGGCACUUGGCGCCAAGGAGAAGGUGUCGGAUCUUGGCUCCAUCUCGUCAGCAGAGGACAAGGUGCCGGAAAAGAAGCCAGAAGACAUGACUCGUGAUGAGCUCCUGGCCUACUGCAAAGAGAUGGAGACUCGACCUGCUGUUGCAGCUCCAGUGACAGAUUCCGGCCCUCCAGGUGUUACCAUGGAGGAGGUGGCCAAGCACAACAAGAAGGAGGAUGCAUGGAUUAUCGUAAAUGGUGAGGCCAUUGACGUUACGAAGUGGAUCUCCAUUCAUCCUGGUGGCGAGCAGGCCAUCAUGGCAUACUUGGGAAAGGAUGCGACGGAGGAGUGGAACAUGAUCCACAAGCUAGGCACCGUGGAGAAGAACGCCCAGCAUCUGAAGAUGAUGGGUAAGAUCGGUGCAGGUGGAGGUGGCGGGGGAGCUGCUCCUGCUCCUGCUGGGAGUGGCCUGUCCAUGGAUGAGGUGGCAAAGCACAACAAGAAGGACGAUGCCUGGAUCGUUGUGAAUGGUGAAGCCAUUGACGUCACUAAGUGGAUCCCAAUUCACCCAGGGGGCGAGCAGGCCAUCAUGGCGUAUCUGGGCAAGGAUGCAACUGAGGAGUGGGUCAUGAUUCACAAGCCUGGCACUGUGGAGAAGAACGCCCAGCACCUGAAGAUGAUGGGCAAGGUAAGUGGAGCCGCAGCGGCUUUUGCUGCACCCCCAGCUGCCGCUGAUGAUGAGGCGCCGCCUCCGGAUGGGAACGGUGGAAUCCCGGGCAUCAUUGGCGCUGUUGUCUUCCUGUUGAAGAGCGUGAUGGUCAUGGUCUUGCGGACCAUUUUCUUCACCGGCAACUUCAAGUUCACCUUAGACAACAACCGGAAGGGCACAAUGCGUUCGGCCGUGUUCUUGCUUACCUUUACCAUCGUCCACGCCCUUGGAAAUUUUGUUGACAUGCUGGGAGGGCCAGCAGAGCUAAAUGGUGAAGGAUACCUCUUCGACCGCAUCCACUGGACUGGUGGGCUUGGGCUUACGAAAUCAUUCCCAGUGUCGGUGGUGGAGGAGUACUUGGCUUUGGCUCUGCUCCUGCAU